GGCCGACCUGCACCCCAGAACCAAACUACCAAAGCGAGAGACAACCGCUGCGCCACUGCGGAAACGAUUUCGUCGCCAUGACCAUGACGUCUCGUUUCGUUGCGGCGGCCUCUUCCUCCUCGUCCUCGUGCCCCCUCGCCCGCCUAAUCUCUCGCCGCGGCCUUGCCGGUGCCGCAGACGGCCAUGGACCUGCGAAGGUGCCCUUGUGGAAAGAUCCGUUGAGCCCGAGCAAGUGGAAGGAAGAGCACUUUGUUCUAGCAAGCCUCUCUAUGUGGGGGGCUCUUUUUUAUGGUGGUUUCAAGUUUUUUGGUGGAAAGAAGGAAGACAAGAUUGAGGCGGCAUCAGGACAGACAUAGGUGGCUGGGAUGGGAGUUCUUGCCUAUUUCUGUGGCCAGGCAACAAUGUUAAAUAAAAGGAAUGUGUUAUAUUGUGCUUUCAAGUUGAUAAAUUGUGGCAACCAGGUUUUGAUUAUGUAGGCAAUAUUUUGACAAGCUACUCUUAUCCAGCAUGAAUGACUUCACGUUUGUGAAUGCUGCAAAUGUUGUACUUCUUUCAUGCGAUUGAGUAGAUGUUUUACUUCUGUUGCCAUCACCAGUUCAACGCUGUACUUUUAAUUGAUUCGAUCACGUGCUUUCUA